AUGCAUAUCAUCAAGCCCGUUUGGCUGACACAUGGGGGCGAACGGAAGGAUUUCGAGGUUUAUAGUUGCGAUGUAUCCCCCGAUGGGAGUCGCUUGGUGACAGCAGCUGGAGAUGGAUACGUUCGGAUAUGGUCGACAGAGGCUAUCUGCAACACCGACGACCCGGAAAAUGCCAGUAAGCCGAAGCAGCUGGCAUCGAUGAGCAACCACUCUGGAACAAUACACACGGUGCGGUUUUCGCCAAAUGGGAAAUACCUCGCCUCGGGGGCGGACGACAAGAUUGUGUGCAUUUAUACAUUGGACGCCAAUCCGCCGUCCCAUGCGUCGACCUUUGGGUCGAACGAGGCACCUCCUGUGGAGAACUGGCGCACGAUUCGGAGAUUGAUCGGCCAUGAUAAUGAUGUUCAGGAUUUAGGGUGGUCAUACGAUUCUUCGAUAUUGGUCUCGGUUGGGUUGGAUUCGAAGGUUGUCGUGUGGUCGGGGACGACGUUUGAGAAGCUCAAGACCCUUUCUAUUCAUCAGAGUCACGUUAAGGGCGUUACAUUUGAUCCGGCGAAUAAGUACUUUGCUACGGCCAGCGACGAUCGUACUGUUCGGAUCUUCCGCUUUACGUCUCCUGCCCCGAAUUCCAGCGCUCAUGACCAAAUGAACAACUUCAUCCUUGAGCAGACCAUCUCUGCGCCGUUCUCCAACUCCCCGCUGACGGCCUACUUCCGCCGGUGCUCCUGGUCUCCGGAUGGUAUGCACAUCGCAGCGGCCAAUGCAGUGAAUGGUCCUGUCAGCUCGGUUGCGAUCAUCAACCGGGGUUCGUGGGAUGGCGAUAUCAAUCUCAUUGGGCAUGAGGCACCGGUAGAAGUCUGCGCUUUCUCUCCGCGGUUGUACUCACCCCAACCGAUCACCAAACCGACGGUGGAUAGCCAAGGACAUGCGGUUCACAACUCGGUUACGGUUAUUGCAUGCGCAGGCGGUGACAAGUCACUCAGCAUUUGGAUCACCAGUAACCCCAGACCUAUCGUGGUUGCCCAAGAAUUGGCUGCCAAGUCCAUUUCCGACCUGGCAUGGAGUCCGGAUGGCAAAUGCCUGUAUGCCACCGCUCUCGACGGUACCAUCCUCGCAGUACGGUUUGAAGAUGGGGAUCUAGGCUAUGCGAUGGAGAUGGAGGAGAAUGAGAGAUCGCUUACCAAGUUUGGCACGAACCGCAAGGGGGCCGGCAUCACCGAGACUACGGACGGAUUGCUUCUUGAGGAGAAGAGUAAAGCUGGAGAGAUCAAGGGAGUCGAAGGCCGCAUGGGUGCUUUGAUGGGUGACGAUCAUGCGGCGGCAGACAGCAAGGUCAAUGGAAAGCCUGGCUCAGGGGCAUCAAAUGGUGUAACGCCAGCUCCAGCGCCGUCUCCUACACCGGAUACACAAAAGUCUCAGCCGAACGGAACCGCAGGCACACCCGCAGCACAGGAGCCGGAGAAGCCCGAUCCGUACCAGGCGAAACUCGAGAGGCUGAAGCAGCGUCCAACGUAUACGAAGGAUGGAAAGAAACGAAUCGCCCCUCUUUUGGUAUCGGGUGCUGGAGCGGCCGAAUCUUCUCUUCCACAAGCUCGACUAAUGGCGUCGGUCAGUAGCCAAGUCAAGGCCGACACACCGCAAUCGAUCGUGGACCUCUCCAAGCCUUUCGAUGGUUUACCCAAGGGUGGUCUAGCAGCACUGCUUUUUGGAAACAAGCGCAAGCUCGCUCAGCUAGAGGGCGAUGACGAUGGACAUGUUGAAAAGCGCGUGGCGCUGGCCAGCCAAAACGGAGCCACCCCCAUUCUGGCAAGCACGCCCGACGGUCUACUUCCUGCACAACCGCAGCCUGCUCCCACAGGUCAGCAGCAAACGCCAGAGUUCAUUCGACCAGCUGUUAUGAAUCCUUGCAUGGCAAUCAGUCAGCUUCGAUUGGCGGUACCCAAGGUCCGCAGUCAGAUAGUACGAGCCAUCGAUCCAACUGGGAAACCGACAGAGCCCAAUGCGUCGGGGGAAUCCAACAAGUCGCGAGUUGACGUAGUUUUCGAAGCACGCAAUCCAUCACCGGCCAGCUUGACGGGGCGUGCGGUCGAUCGGGAGCCAGUGCGGCUCACGCUUUUCCGUGGCGAGCAGCCCCUGUGGCAGGACUUUCUCCCACGCACUGUUCUUCUGGUAACAGGUAAUUUGAGCAUGUGGGCUGCAGCUUGCGAAGACGGUUCGGUAUACAUCUGGACGCCGGCUGGGCGUCGGCUGGUGAGCGCUCUGGUUCUCGAGGCACAGCCAGUGAUUCUGGAGUGCAAUGGUCCUUGGAUUCUCUGCAUCUCAGCUGUGGGCAUGUGCUAUGUCUGGAAUGUGAAACAUCUUUCAUCUCCACAUCCACCUAUCUCUUUGCAGCCAGUUCUUGACGCUGCCGUUCACACGUUGGGCGCACACCCUAGCGCUGCGCCCGCCAUCACAAACGCCCGUAUCAACUCCGAAGGUCGCGUGGUGGUUGCCUUGUCCAAUGGUGAGGGGUAUUCUUAUUCGCCGUCCAUGUACACCUGGCAGCGGAUCUCGGAGUCAUGGUGGGCAGUUGGCAGUCAGUACUGGAACACCACGGAAGCGCCUGUGGGCAAUCUCCAGUCGACGGACUCGCAGGACAAAGAUGCCAAGGCAGCAGUAUCGGCCGGAAUUGUUCCAUUCCUGGAGCGCAACACCACAAAUGAGACGCUGCUGCGUGGACGUGCCUACUUCCUUCAGAGACUGAUCAAGGUGCUACUGUCGCGGGAAGGGUAUGAGAGCUUUGAGUCCAGCGUCUCCAUCGCUCACCUUGAGAAUCGCCUUGCCGCUGCGUUGUCCUUGGGCGCUAAGGAAGAGUUCCGGCUUUAUCUGUCCAUGUACGCGAAGCGGAUUGGAGCCGAGGGGCUGAAGAUGAAGGUCGAGGAGCUUCUGAAGGGAUUGAUUGGCGGGCUAUUCGAAGAGGAGGAUGCAGACGCGAUCCGCCGGUUACAAGAUAACGAGCAGGACGACCGGAACUGGCGCGAAAGCUCCGAGACCCUCUGUGGCUGGCCACGGGAGGUGUUGUUGAAGGAGGUGAUUCUUGCUCUCGGCAAACAUCGUGACCUCCAACGUGUGACAGUCCCUUAUGCGAAACUGCUGGGAGUUGUGGACAACGAGUCCGAGGCGGGAGAUGCCAUGGAAACCUAA